CUGUGGGAGCUGCAAGCGCAGCCAGCCCUGCUCGCCUGUGGACGGUUUCUGCCUGGCCUGCCAUUGCAACAACUCCUGCCCCACAGGCACCUUCGGUGAGGGAUGCCAGCUCCUCUGCCCUGAGUGCAUUGUGGGGAGCUGCGACCCCGUGUCAGGAGAAUGCAUCUGUCAGGCGGGCUACUGGGGAGCCAGCUGCAACGACACCUGCCCGGAGGGAUAUUUUGGUGUGAACUGUUCUUCACCCUGCCAGUGCUCCCGGGGGACCUGCCACCCCGUGCAGGGUGAUUGUGUGUUAAGUUUUAAGGACCAUGGGGCCCUUGCAGCCGCCAUCCUCGUCCCUCUCCUGCUGCUGCUGCUCUGCAUCGCCUGCUGUUGCUGCGGAGCUGGCCCAGCAGAUGCUAGAGACAGGUAUUUUUUUUUAUGUUUUGUACCUUUGAUGUAAAACCCUGUCUCCAAUGUCCCUUGACACCUGUCUCCCUUGCGCAGGGCAGCUGUGCCAGAUGAUGACGUUGUGGCCAGGAUGAAACACCACGUGCAGGGUGUGCUGGCGAACGUUAGUGCUAUGAUGCCUUGUUUUUCGCUGGGCGGCUACAAACUUCCCAAGGUCACAGUUUCCCACCACGACACGGAAAUCCCCUUCAACCCCAGCUUCAUCGAGCCGCCGUCAUCCGCGUGGGUUUCAGACAGCUCCUUUUCCUCCUUCGACACCGACAACGAGGGACCUGAGUACUCUGUCCCUCCCAGGGAAGGCAUCCCGCUGCUGGGAGGGGCUGAGCUGCAGGAUGGGCUGUCCCCCCCUGGGGAGGUGCUCCCAGACCCAUCUGCCUUUGACUCCGAAGAUGUCUCGCAGCCCUUCGCCAUCCCUCGCACCUCCAGCAUCGCCAAGGCCAAGCGGCCCUCUGUGUCCUUUGCCGAGGGGACAAAAUUUGGGACGGCAGAGACCCCCAGCCCUGGGAGGAAGCCCAAGACCCCAUGGGGUCUGUCUAAGCUGUCCUCACCGCCAGGGGAUGGGGGGCGCAGCCGAGUGGUGUCCGGCACCAGGCAUGUUGCCCAGAGAGUGGAGGCGCUUGAAGCGGCUGCGAAAUCCGGCAGCUGGGACGCGAAGGGGAAGGAGCCCAACAUCACCACCAUCUACAUGAUGGUGGGAACGGCCGGGCAGGACCCCAAGGCGGAGGGGGGCGGCGAGGGACCAGUCCAGGCUGUGCUCAAGCGGCUGGGCAGCUUGCAGAAGGGCAAAUGGGCUAUGAAGGAGGAGCCCAAGGUGAGGAGGAGCACCGAGGCCAUCCAGAAACCGCCCCGUGAUGCUGUAGGUGCCACAGAGAGAGGAAAAAGCCCUGAGUUAGUCCUCAGCCUUGAAAUAAAGGGAGAGGCUGCCCUGGAGGAAGAGCCAAAAUACGAGAACGUGAUCAGCAGCAGCAUUGAUUUGCCCCCCAGCCCCGCCAAGGAGCUGCCGGCCACCUCCGUGGCCACUUGA